AUGAGUUAUGUUGCCCACACACAUUAUUAAUUAUCAAUUUUAGAAUUAUUUAGGAAAGUUUGUAAAAAAGAUCCAUAAUAAAAACCAAAACUAUUGAAAUCUAUAUAUUAAUUUUCAAAGUCAAAAUCAGCAUCUGUUUAAUAUGAAUGUGCUAAUACUCUUUUUGCAGUAUCACCUAGUUUAGCUUCUUUAAAAAUAGCAGUUCAAAUUUAUAUGUCAUUAAUUAAUACUUAGACAGAUAACAAUAUUAAAUUGGUGAUAUUAGAUAGAUUGGAGGCAGUAAAUCAAUUGAAUCCUAGAGUUUUAGAGGAUAGAACUUAAGAUUUAUCUUAAUUACUUAAUCAAUAAAGUAUUGACAUAAGAAGAAAGUUAUUUUAAUUGAAAAAUGAAAAUGUUGUAUUAUUAGCUUAAUCAUUGUAAAAAGAAUUCUAAAAAUGUUAGAAUUUAAAUGAUUAAUCAGAAUAUAAAGUUCUAAUGUUAUAAUUAAUCAAUCCAAUGAUUCAUAAAUUUCCUUAAGUUCAUGAAGUUGUAGCUUAAACUUUUAUAGAUUCUAUUAUCUGUAAUCAUAAAAUGGAUGAUUAAUGUGCUUAAUUAGCUGGAUAAACACUUGUUUAAUUAAUUUAAUUAUCUGAUCAACCAAUCUAACAUAAAAUUGUAACAGCACUUUCUAAUCGUUUUUUGGAUAUCCAUCAUAUGGAAUUAUAUAAAGCAACAUUCACAGUUCUUGGCGAUCACAGUGUAAAUCCAGUAAGAUCAUUUAACCAAAUAAAAAAAGCUAUUGGAAAUCUACCUUUAGAACAUGAAAAGGUUAUUGCCAAAUAAGAGGAUGAAAAUAAAUAAGUUGUAAAAACAGUUAUAUUACCUGAUGGUACUUAUGGAACAUAGGUUGUUGAAAAGUAAGAUGCUGAAGAACAUGUAUUAAAAUUAAGAGAAUUAUUAAUGUAAAAUUCUUUCCUUGCAUCAUCUUUGAGUAGAUCAUUUAUGAAAUUGUUAUCCAAAAUUUAAGAAUUUAAUAAAUACUCUAGUUAGAUGCUCUUAAUUUUCUGUUCUCUCUUACGUUAUUAUCAAAAGAACACAGCUAAAAUUGAUUAAGACACUUUAGAAACUAUUACAUCAAGCAUUGGAAUCUUAACUGGUAAAAAUCCACAAGAAAAAUUAUAAGAAUUAUAUAAAAAAUCUGAUAUUAUUGUUGAAUAGAAUAAUCAAUUCGGAUCUCAUUAAAAUUAUGAUAAAAUUCUCAAAUAACCUGAUGAUCCAAUUAUUAUUAGAUAAUUAAAAGGAAUCUCGGAAUUUAAUGAAAUUGAUUUAGCAGAUGAUGAAACAUCUGUUACAACUAAAUAAGAAGAAAAUACUUAUGUUUCUAGAUUAGGACAUAUAGUUUAAUUAACUGGAUAUUGUGAUCCCAUAUAUGCUGAAGCAUUUGUUAAUGUUCAUAAAUAUGAUAUCUAAUUUGAAGUACUUAUGGUAAAUAGAUGGUCAAAAAUGGUUUAAAAUGUUUAAGUUGAAUUUAGAACUUAAGGGGAAAGCAAAGUUAUUGAAAAAGCUUAAGGUGUAAUCCUACAACCUAAUCAAUCUGCUAGAGUUAGAACAACCAUUAAAUUCUCAUCUUAAGAUAUUGGAGUUGUAUAUGGAGCUAUUCAUUAUGAAAAUAAUGCAGGAAUAGAACAAGCAUAUUUAGUAACAAAAGAAAUCAAUGUUGAUUUAAUUGAUUUUAUUUUACCUGCUACCAUUUAAAUUGAAUAAUUCAGAAAAUUGUGGGCUAAAUAUGAAUGGGAAAAUAGAAUUAUUAUUAAUACUAAUCAUAUGUAAUUAUCUAUCUAUUUUUAUUUAGUGAUCCUUUUAAAUAUGUCUCAUUUUUAGAAAAACAAUUAAAAGCAAAAUCUAUAGAAGAAAAUCAUCCUAAAGGAAACAUAAUUUGUGUUAAUAUGUAUGCUCAGACCAAAUUUGGUAUUCAUUUAUUAUUUAUAUAUAGAUGAUGAUUUCUUAGUAAAUAUAAGUGCAGAAGUUGUUAAUGAUAAAUUAUAAGGGUUUGUGAGAGUUAGAAGCAAGGUUAAAGAAAUAGUAGUGAAUCUAGGAGAUAAAAUUAAAGUCUUAUAAACAAAGAUUGAAUGA